UCUUAUUUACUAAUCUCUGAAAAAUCUGAGUGUGAUAGUUCGGGUCCUGAGCCAACUCAAAAUGAACAAGGUCUUCUGCAACAUGUUUUCUAUCAUUUCUGUUUUGGUACAGUUAUUGUUCUCACGGAGUGCGAUGAUGUCUCAUUCAUUUCCUGUAGGUGUCUGUUGUGAAGCUCAGCUGGUCACGUUACUCUCCCUUUCAGUUCAUUUCAGUUUCCGGGAACUUAAGUCAGUUUACAAGUCCAGCGCUUGUCUCGAACGCUUUAAACCUGUAUCCCUUCAUAUUCUCUGCCUCUGUAGCGAGUUAGUGGAGCAGGGGAGUGGAGCUUGAUCUUCUUACAUGAUAGUGAAUGGGAGCGUCAGAUAAUUUUAUGGGAUGAAAAGAUAUCCCAAAGGGAGAAGCACCUCCAAAAUCCCCAGGGCCUGACUACGACGAAGGGUUUUUCCACGAAUGCCGCAGCUUCAAAGAAACUGAAAGCAGCGACGAUGCCGUGUUUAAUUCGUAAACGAUCAGAUGCUGUGGUGUGGCAUUUGGGGGGCAUUAAAUUCAGGCCAACCCCAGCGGGAUGCUUAUCAGCUGAGCGAAGUUUCGAUUUUGCGGGUUAUGCAAGAUCUAAGGAAUUGUUGCUCCCUUAUCGUUGUGGGUUCAGUAGUUCGGGCCAGCCUCACCUAGGAGUAGGACUGAUACAAAGAAAAUCCUGUCCCGAGAAAGGAAAAAUAGCAAGCAGUAAGAUUGAUAUAUGCUUAUGAAUGGCAGUAAAAGAAGACUGAAAAUAGGUGGAUGAUAAGGAAAGAGCUGUCUCCCUAAAAAGCUAGUGGAAGUAAACGAUUGAAGCAAACUGGGGACCCACUGAAUAUUGGACUAAAAAAUCAUAGAAGACAUAGCAUUCCUAAAGUGUAGCUGUUCUGAGUUUAUUGGGUUGAAGCAACGGACAUCCAACCAUGUCAAUAGCCCUGAAGCAGGUAUUCAAUAAAGACAAGACCUUUCGGCCAAAGAGGAAAUUUGAACCAGGUACUCAAAGGUUUGAACUCCAUAAGAAAGCACAGGCCUCAUUAAGCUCAGGAGUGGACCUGAAGGGAGCUGUCCAGCUACCCAGUGGUGAAGACCUUAAUGAUUGGAUUGCAGUUCAUGUGGUGGACUUCUUUAAUCGCAUUAACCUGAUCUAUGGGACAAUCUGUGAGUUCUGUACUGAAAGAAGCUGCCCUAUCAUGUCAGGAGGACAGAAGUAUGAAUACCGGUGGCAGGACGAUCACAAAUACAAAAGACCCACCGCCCUUCCAGCUCCCCAGUACAUGAGCCUGUUGAUGGAUUGGAUUGAGGUCCAAAUCAACAAUGAAGAAAUCUUCCCGACAAGCAUUGGAAUCCCCUUUCCCAAGAACUUUCUUCAGAUUUGCAAGAAGAUUCUGUGUCGACUCUUUCGAGUCUUCGUCCAUGUUUACAUUCAUCACUUUGAUCGGCUUGGCACUAUGGGAGCGGAGGCACAUGUUAAUACCUGCUAUAAACACUUUUAUUACUUUGUAACAGAAUUUAACCUUGUAGACCGCAAGGAAUUAGAACCUUUGAAAGAGAUGACAUUGCGGAUAUGCCACUGAAAGGUUAUAAGAGAUUCCAGUUAACUACAGACCCCAGCAAGCAUCAACGUGCAAGCAACAUAUCAGCUCUCUCCUCUGCUUGCAUCUACAUCACUGGGACUAAUGCUUCAAUGACAGAUAAAACCCAACAGCAACCUCAGGCAAUUUUUGUGCAUUUGUGUGAAAUACUGAAAACAUUGUCUUAUUGGGAGAUAUUAGGAGCCGCACUCUGUAAUUUUAAACUGUUUGUUCCCUUUAAUUUUUCAACAGCCCAUAAACAGUCACUGCCUGUAAGUGGUAUAUACAGCCCGAUCCAUCAGUAUGUAUUGGUUAACAGACUUCAGUCUGACAGCUGAUAUCAGUUUUAUUUAGAGCAUAGCUAAUGGUUCAUACCUAUCAUCAUAAAAUGAUCAGUGGGAGGGGGCUGAGUACUGCAGUAAACUCAAAAAGCUCUCUUUUAUUUAAUCUCUGGCUUUAUAUCUAUCUAUUUGCAUGAUCAGAUGAAAGAUUCCUUUCUGAAUUGGGUGCACAGAGUUGUGGAUUUGAAGAGAUUGGUAAUGACAGUGCAACUUACCAGCUCUAAACUCAGGCAAAACCAGGAUGCUUGCUUCAUUUCAUGUCACCCCUUAAUGCUAAAGGACAGUGAAAUGAGCAUUCUAUUUGCAUACUUUUUCCUCAGUAUUAUUCUCCCUUAUUCUGAUGUGCUUGCUGGCAUGUAUCUCCUAUUUCAAGGAUCGUAACUUCCCCCCUCUGGUGAUUGAAAAUGCCCUUGAUGAUAUCUCUUGCAUUUCCUGCACUUCUUCUGUCCUUAUAUCCCCUCCCCCCAACAAAAAUAAAGACAG